AUGAAAGGUAAGACACCAAUAUUUGUAAUAACGAGCGAUGAUGUUGCUAUGAGAAAUGCAAUCAGGAAAGUCUUUCCCAACAGUUAUUAUAAGUUAUGUGCAUGUCACUCCUACGAAAUGCAAUGUCCAACAUUGAAUGAAAUGGUAGACAUGUUUGGUUUAGAAGAAAACAGUUGGAUCAAUGAAUUGUACCAAAAAAGGAAGAUGUGGGAAACAACUCAUAUUCAUGGAAAUGUAUUUGCAAAAAUAAGAACGAUGUCGCGGUGUGAAGCAUUUCAUAGCCAUAUGGGUCAGUUUGUACACUCGAAGAUGAAUAUGACUGAUUUUGUUAAGCAAUUUCAUAGACAUGCUAAUUUGGUGAAUCUUAGUAAGGAGGUUGCUGACUUGACACAUAUGGAUGUUGAUUAUGACAAAAAAUAUUUAGAAUAUCUGACUACUGAACUUAGUAGGAUUAAAUCGAAGUACAACAAUGAAGAUGUUCUAGAAAACUUACAUGUUACAGAGGAGUUGGAAAAUAUACUUAACCUUUCAUGUUCAAAAAGCAAGGGUUGUGGACCAAGUACUAUUGGUACAUCGGGGAGAUAUGGAGAGGAUCCUCCGGAUAUUUCUUUACGAUCACCAUAUGUACGCUUAAGCAAUGACUUAGGAUUUUCAGUUUGA